UCAGAAGAAGAAGAGGAUGAGGAUGAAGAAGAAGAAGUAGGAUGAAAAUAAGAAUAAGUCCAAGCCGGCAAAAAGUGUAUCUGCAGAGCUCCUCUAAGUGUAUCUGCAGAAUGUCAUUUAUGAAACAAAUAGAUACAAUGUUUCAACCGCUGUAUGUAGUGAAUGUCACAGAACUGUCAGAAAUAGGCUAUUUCUGACAGUUCUGCUAUUUCUGACAGUUCUGUGACAUUCCCUCCAUACAGCGGUUGAAACCGCUGUAUGGAGUGAAUGUCACAGAACUGUCAGAAAUAGACAGAAACUGUCACAGAACUGUCCUUCUUCUCAUC